AUAUUGGAAGAGAGACUGGCUUUCAUUAAGCAUAAAAUGGUAAAAACAAUCAAAAUAAUUGGAGCCACAGGAUUCGGACUCUUGUUAAUUUUUCUGCUUCCACUUUGCCUUUUCCGAAAUGAGAGACCGCCACAAAGUAAUGAUACGUUCGAUGGUGAACAUUUAUUGGGCACCAACAUCAACCCAUUAAAAGGACCUGCGGGGGAGCUGGAGGUAAGUAACGAGGGAUGGCGCCACCGGUUGAUGCGACUGCACCGCCAAAAGCGCUACCUCCUCUUCCCCGAGGGCUCCUCCUUCCAGUUAGUCUUCGACAUCAUCAUACCCAUCGUGGACUACACCAACUACGCCAUCCUGGGCAUCACCUGCUCGGUGGCCUGGGAGCUGCCCAGCAAGGCGCCCAGCGAGCUGAUUGAAAACGUGCUUACCCGCAUCAACGACGGCACCAUCGGCACUGUCCGCCGAAACGACAGCGUCCCCGAGCCCGAUCCCGAGGCUCCCUCCCAGAACUGGAACCAGAACCAGAAUCAGGAUCCGGACAAUCGAGACGCCGCUAAUUGGCAGGCAACGCACGCACUUCCAGCGAAUCCGCCGGCAUAUGCGGCCAAUGACCAUGGCUACCAGUCGUACUACACGAAUAUCCAACGCAUCCCUGCCUCAUACACUUAUGCAAAUUCUGCAAAUGUGAAUUCCGAUGCAAAUGCAAAUGGACAGCAGCGCCAGGCGCCGAUGCCAGCUAAUUGGCAUGCGCGACAGUCGUGGCCAAAAUGGCAGCGCCAGGAGGCCGGGACCGGGCCGGUAGCAGGUGUAAGUCCAUGGUCUGGGGCAAGAACGGACAAUUGGUGGACACGCAACGGUCAGAGGGUGCAGCAGAAGUGGCGUGAAAAGCAACGCAUGUGGAACCCAUCAAAGUGGACCUCAUUCCCAAGCUCGGGAUACUCCCAGCGUCCUCGGCAAGUUUUUAAGUCCCCACCCAAGCAUCGAAUAUAUCCUGUGUUCGCUAAACGCCGAAGGAGAAGAAGUCUGGAACAAGAUCCCCAUUUUGAGCGAUUUCAUUUACAACAGCAUCUCAGUUCCCGCCAGCUGUUGUUCGGAAAAAUCGAAAGGCUGUACAAAUCACAACGUCUUAAUGGCACUUCCUGUGUACAACGAGCUCUCUGCGAAUCGGCCCAAAGACAGAGGCGCCUCCAAGGAAGAGAUGGCCCGGAACCGCAAAGCUUCAUAAUGGAACUGCUUUCGGCCAUUUUUCAGCUGCCUAGCAGCCUGGAUAUAGAUGACCCCAAGGAGCUAGAGCUUUUGAUGUCACCCCAUUAUCUGGAAGCACACCGACAGCAGAAUAAUUGUCGAAAACUUUACGGCGAUUGUAGUCACUCAUUUUGGUUGGACUAG